AUGGGAUUAACGUCCACAUGGAGAUAUGGAAGAGGACCGGGCAUUGGCACUGGAGCCAUGGUCUGCUGGGGUCACUUCAUCUGCCUGGUUGUGGUCACCAUGGCAACGGUGUCCCUGGCCCGGCCCCCCUUCAGUUUAGUUGAGGAAACCACGUUAGAGCCGGAAGAGCCACCAACCAAAUACCAAAUCUCUCAACCUGAAGUUUACGUGGCCGCGCCAGGGGAGUCACUAGAGUUGCGCUGCCUGUUGAAAGAUGCUGCCGUGAUCAGUUGGACUAAGAAUGGGGUACACUUGGGGCCCGGCAAUAGGACAGUGCUUAUUGGGGAGUACUUGCAGAUAAAAGGCGCCACACCUAGAGACUCCGGCCUCUAUGCUUGUACUGCUGCUAGGACUGUAGACAGUGAAACUUGGUACUUCAUGGUCAAUGUCACAGAUGCCAUCUCGUCCGGAGAUGACGAGGAUGACACAGAUGGCUCCGAAGAUUUUGUCAGUGAGAACAGUAACAACAAGAGAGCACCAUACUGGACCAACACAGAAAAGAUGGAGAAACGGCUGCACGCUGUUCCCGCGGCCAACACAGUCAAGUUCCGCUGUCCAGCUGGAGGCAAUCCAACGCCCACGAUGAGGUGGCUGAAAAAUGGCAAAGAGUUCAAGCAGGAGCAUCGCAUUGGAGGCUAUAAGGUCCGAAACCAGCACUGGAGCCUGAUUAUGGAAAGCGUGGUCCCUUCUGACAAGGGAAAUUACACCUGUGUGGUAGAGAAUGAAUACGGCUCCAUCAAUCACACAUACCACCUAGACGUUGUUGAGCGAUCGCCACACCGGCCCAUCCUCCAAGCUGGACUGCCAGCAAAUGCGUCCACAGUGGUCGGAGGGGACGUGGAGUUUGUCUGCAAAGUUUACAGCGAUGCCCAGCCCCACAUCCAGUGGAUCAAGCAUGUUGAAAAGAAUGGCAGUAAAUAUGGGCCUGACGGGCUACCCUACCUCAAGGUUCUGAAGGCUGCCGGUGUUAACACCACGGACAAAGAGAUUGAGGUUCUCUAUAUUCGGAAUGUAACUUUUGAGGAUGCUGGGGAAUAUACAUGCUUGGCGGGUAAUUCUAUUGGGAUAUCCUUUCACUCUGCAUGGUUGACAGUUCUUCCAGCUCCUGUAAGAGAAAAGGAGAUUACAGCUUCCCCAGAUUACCUGGAGAUAGCCAUUUACUGCAUAGGGGUCUUCUUAAUCGCCUGUAUGGUAGUGACAGUCAUCCUGUGCCGAAUGAAGACCACGACCAAGAAGCCAGACUUCAGCAGCCAGCCAGCUGUGCACAAGCUGACCAAACGCAUCCCCCUGCGGAGACAGGUUUCGGCUGAGUCCAGCUCCUCCAUGAACUCCAACACCCCACUGGUAAGGAUAACAACACGCCUGUCUUCAACAGCAGACACCCCGAUGCUGGCAGGGGUCUCUGAGUAUGAACUCCCAGAGGAUCCAAAGUGGGAGUUCCCCAGAGAUAAGCUGACGCUGGGCAAACCCCUGGGGGAAGGUUGCUUUGGGCAAGUGGUCAUGGCUGAAGCAGUGGGAAUUGACAAAGACAAGCCCAAGGAGGCAGCCACUGUGGCAGUGAAGAUGUUGAAAGAUGAUGCCACAGAGAAGGACCUUUCUGACCUGGUGUCAGAGAUGGAGAUGAUGAAAAUGAUUGGAAAACACAAAAAUAUCAUCAAUCUUCUGGGAGCCUGCACACAGGACGGGCCACUCUAUGUCAUAGUUGAGUACGCUUCAAAAGGCAACCUCCGGGAAUACCUGCGGGCCCGGAGGCCACCUGGCAUGGAGUACUCCUAUGACAUUAACCGCGUUCCCGAGGAGCAGAUGACCUUCAAGGACUUGGUGUCGUGCACCUACCAGCUGGCCAGAGGCAUGGAGUACUUGGCUUCCCAAAAAUGUAUCCAUCGGGAUUUAGCAGCCAGAAACGUGUUGGUAACGGAGAACAAUGUGAUGAAGAUAGCUGACUUUGGACUGGCCAGAGAUAUCAACAACAUAGACUAUUACAAAAAAACCACAAACGGGCGACUUCCGGUCAAGUGGAUGGCUCCCGAAGCCCUUUUUGAUAGAGUGUACACACACCAGAGUGAUGUCUGGUCCUUUGGGGUGUUAAUGUGGGAGAUCUUCACCUUAGGGGGUUCGCCCUACCCGGGGAUUCCCGUGGAGGAACUUUUCAAGCUGCUGAAGGAAGGACACAGGAUGGAUAAGCCAGCCAACUGCACCAGUGAGCUGUAUAUGAUGAUGAGGGACUGCUGGCAUGCCGUGCCUUCACAGAGACCAACUUUCAAGCAGUUGGUAGAAGACUUGGACCGAAUUCUAACCCUCACAACCAAUGAGGAAUACUUGGACCUCACUCAGCCUCUCGAGCAGUAUUCUCCUAGUUACCCCGACACAAGGAGUUCUUGUUCUUCAGGAGAUGACUCUGUGUUUUCUCCGGACCCCAUGCCUUACGAACCCUGUCUGCCUCAGUAUCCACACAUAAAUGGCAGCAUUAAAACAUGAAUGAACAUGUCUUCCUGUCCCCAGCCAGGAACCUACCUACACUGAGCAGGGAGGCCUUGCCUCUACCAGCUUGUUACUGCCACUUGUAUAUAUGGAUCAGAGGAGUACAUAAUCAGAAAAGUAAUCGGCACACGUGUAAAGGUUUAUACAGUUGAAAACUUGUCAUCUUCACCAGGAAAAGAAUGUUUCUGGAGCAAUGGACAGCCACCAUGCCACCCCUCUGACCCACCAUGGGUACUGUCUGUGCCCCAGUUGGACUCAAGGCAGAUGUACAUUCUGCCUUCCUUGUUAAUUUUGUAAUAAUUGGAGAAAAUAUAUGUCAGCACACACAGAGCACAAAUGCAGUAUAUAGGUGCUGGAUGUAUGUAAAUAUAUUCAAAUUAUGUAUAAAUAUAUAUUAUAUAUUUACAAGGAAUUAUUUUUUGUAUUGAUUUUAAAUGGAUGUCCCAAUGCACCUAGAAAAUUGGUCUCUUUUUUAAAAUAGCUAUUUGCUAAAUGCUGUUUUAGACAGAAUUUCUUAAUUUUCACCGAGCAGAGGUGGGAAAAAUACUUUUGCUUUCAGGGAAAAUGGUAUAACAUUAAUUUAUUAAUGAAUUGGUAAUAUACAAAACAAUUAAUCACUUAUAGUUUUUUUUGGUAAUUUAAGUGGCAUUUCUAAGCAGGCAGCACAGUGAACUAGUUAA